UGUCUAGAAACAUUCUCAGCUGGUUAGUGCUACUGACCCUAUAGCUACUGUUACCAGGAGUGAGCACUAUCACAUUGUGCCAGUGGAUUCAACUGACUUAUGUAAUGACUAUCGAAAUGGAACUUGUGUCACUCUCGAGCAGCUUGUUCAAACAGACCUGUUAUCUGGUGGAGACAAACUCACUUUGAGCUUUCUAUCUGGUGAUCAUGUAUUAACUGAGCAGUUAUUGAUUCGUAACUUCUCAUACGUGCAAAUCACUAGUGGGAACACAAAUACAGCUGUAAUUGGAUUCCAUAGCAAUGGUGCGAUACGUUUUGUUAUUAUUACCAAGCUGAAUAUUGAACGCUUGGAUUUUAUUGGAGCGAAUGUUGAACCACAAAACUCACAUCAAGGAUUGAUCAUUGACGGUGCCAAUGAUGUGGACAUCAAAGACUGUUAUUUUUCGGACUUUGUAUUACUCAAUCAGGUGGAAACCCACAUAGUUAAGAUUGCUAAUACUCAAACUGUAACAAUUGAAAGCACUCUCUUUAUGAACAACACUGGUCGGGCACUGCACGUUGAGGCUGAUGAUGUGUACAUAACAAAUAGUGUGUUCACUAGAAAUGAUGGAGGUGCACUUUACAGUGAAUCAAAUAACACACUGAUCAACAACGCGGAGUUCAACUAUAACAGUGCUAGGAACGGAGGAGCAUUAAAAUUGGUAUCUGGUACUGUAGUAAUCACUUGGUGUAACUUUACAAAUAACACAGCUUCUCAAUAAUUAUUAUGGUGGAGCGAUUUGUGUUGACUCAGGUAAUGUGUCUAUCUCCAACAGUACGCUGAAAUACAACAGAGCUAACUAUGGUGGAGCGAUUGGUGUUGACUCAGGUAAUGUGUCUAUCUCCAACAGUACACUGAAAUACAACAGAGCUAACUAUGGUGGAGCGAUUCUUGUUGACUCAGGUAAUGUGUCUAUCUCCAACAGUACGCUGAAAUACAACAGAGCUAACUAUGGUGGAGCGAUUUGUGAUGACUCAGGUAAUGUGUCUAUCUCCAACAGUACGCUGAAAUACAACAGAGCUAACUAUGGUGGAGCGAUUUUUGUUUUCUCAGGUAGUAGCGUGACCAUCUCUGACAGUGAGAUAACAAACAGCGUUGCUAAAGAGGGUGGGGUAAUUGAUGUCUCCCGAUCUUCCACCUUGAUCAUUAACACUAGCAUUGCUAAUAACAUGGGCAGUUUGAACAUUUCACAGUCAAAUGUAACAUUCACUGGAAGGAAUAUUGUCAGUAACAAUAGUCGUCCCAUUUAUGCUUUCAAUAGUCGAAUCGAGUUUAAUGGACCUGCAACGCUGAGUAACAACCAUGGUGUGUUUGGUGGAGCUAUCAGCGCUGACCAGAGUAAAAUAUGCAUUAACACAGAAGGAGUGAUCAUCACCAACAACACAGCUACCUCUGGAGGAGGGAUACUUCUGAGAGAAAGUACACUCUUUGUAAAUGAGCCAAUAAAGAUCUAUCACAACACAGCACAGAAUGGUGGAGGGAUAUAUGUAUAUUCCAGUAGAGUUGAGUUCCAAUCAGUGCCGAUGGUAGGUGCAUAUGGUCAGCUACUUCCUCCAAAUAGACAGAGUGAGAUUGCUCAAAACAUUGCUGAGAAUGGUGGAGGUAUUUAUGCAUCAUCUUCAACUAUUGAAGUUGUAACUCAAUCGCACGUCAACAUUGACUCAAACACAGCUAAAGCUAGUGGAGGUGGAGUGUAUCUACAGCAAAGAUCGAGAAUGUACCUAUUUAAAACGGAUGUAGAAUAUAGGACUCAGGAUCUGUUAGUCAAGUUAAUGAUUAACAACAACUUGGCUCAGUACGGAGGGGGAAUAUUUGUGGCAGAUGACACAGACAGUGGUGCCUGCAAAGUAGGGGCCACAGAAAUUGAUGCAACCUACAUCAUUUUUGCUGACUGCUUCAUUCAAACAAUUAGUCUGUAUGGGUAUUACUAUGAUCCAAACUAUUUCAACACAUUCAUGACUAACAACACAGCCACUCAGUCAGGAGCAGACAUCUACAGAGGUAUGUUGGACAGGUGUACAAUAAGUUCAAGUGCUGAAUAUCAAAUUUCUUCAAAUACAUUGGACUACAUAAAUAACACUAUAAAAUCCUCCACCGAAUUAUUAAUUUCUUCUAGGCCUGUUCAGGUGAUGUUUUGUAACUAUUCACAAAAUUACUAUGUUUCUACAAAAAAGGGACACACAUUUAAAAUCAGUGUUAUGGCUGUUGACCAAGUUGGAAAUCCAGUGAAUGCUGCAAUUCGCAGUUUUGUUGUAACUGACAGUCGAGUUGGUCGUCUCAAAGAAGGACAGGCAGAACAAGAAGUUGGCAAUCAGUGCACAGAAUUAGAGUACAAUGUAUUCUCACAAGACAGCUCUGCUCAAGUGGAACUCUAUGCUGAGGGUCCAUGCAACAAUUUGGGAAUUUCAAGACAACUUUUUAAUAUUUCUUUUCUACCCUGCACAUGCCCUAUUGGACUCAAACCAAUUCAGUCAGAUAUUGAGUGCAAGUGUGACUGUGAUCCAGACUUACUACCAUAUCAGAUAACAGACUGUUCUGAAGAAAAUGGGACCAUAACGCUGGAAAGAAAUAGUAACAUAUGGAUAGAAUUCAUAAAUACUACCAACGGAACAGGGUAUGUUGUUAGUAACUGUGUAUUUGACUAUUGCGCACAAGGGCCAGUGAAGAUCAGUCUAAGCAACCCUGACAAACAGUGUGCCUACAAUCGAAGUGGUGUCUUAUGUGGUGAAUGUAAACCAGGAUUCGGUCUUUUGUUGGCUACGUCACGGUGUGAAGAAUGUUCUGAUAUUCACCUUCUUCUACUUCUUCUACUAAUACCAUUUGCGCUGGCUGGUAUAUUGCAAGUUGCCUUAAUUCUUGUGCUCGACAUCACUAUAGCAACUGGGAAUAUUCAUGGUUUCAUUUUUUACGUCAAUAUGCUAGCAGCUAAUAGAGCAAUUUUCUUACCAAAUUUAAACAACUUUUUAACAAUUUUCAUAUCAUGGGUGAAUCUUGAUUUAGAUAUUGGGACGUGCUUUUACAAUGGAAUGACCUCUAAAGCAAAACUGCUCUUUCAACUUGUCUUCCCAGCUUACCUGUUUAUUCUGAUGUUCUUAAUAAUUAUUUUGAGUAAACACUUUAAAUCAUUUGCAAAACUCCUCUCCAACAAGAACCCAGUUGCUGCCCUAGGCACACUCGUUCUACUCUCUUAUUCCAAACUCUUACGGUUUAUCAUUGCUGCACUACAAUACAGGGUCUUGGAUUAUCCUGACGGUUCAACCAAGACUGUUUGGCUGUAUGAUGGAAAUGUGCAAUACUUAACUUCAGAUUUCAUCCCUUUUCAUCAGUUUGUUGCAGCCAUUAUCUCCAUUGCCGGUGGAUUGUUCACUGUAGUGCUCUUCUUUGGACAAUGGUUUCCACGCUGCUCCAAGGUUAUGAUAUGGACCAAAAACACAAAGUACACUGGCUUCAUGGACACAUUCCAUGCUCCAUUCACUCCCAAGUAUCGCUACUGGGUGGGACUGCUCCUCUUUGCUCAGAUUGUUCAAAAUAUAGUAGCUGCCAUGGCUCCAGACACUUCUCUCCCUGUGCUAUCAUCUGGGUGUAUUGCAUUCGGACUGAUAUCAUUGAACAACCGAGUGUAUAAAAAGCAACUUAAUGAAUAUUUGAAGCGUUGUUUCUGCUUAAUCUUGGCAUUCUAUCUAUUGGAACCUCCUACGUUGUUGAAACACAACAACAGCAAGAAACACUGGCCAAUGUUUAAAUGUCUAUAUAUAGCUUUCAUUAUUUUUGUGACAAUAAUCAUCUACCAUUCUCACCACUUUAUACUGAAGAAGACCAAAACAUGGCUCAAGAUAAAAGAAGUCGUUAAGAGUAUCAAAAGAAUUUUAUGAGCUGGUGCUGCAAACAUGAGACUUCAACGAGCUAACAAUGGCCGAGAAAUGUAUCAGCUGGUAGCCGAUGAAAACGAUGACGAUGAAUUACUCCAAAUAGUAGACGACUAUGAACAAAGAGACCCAGUGGACCCACCUUACACUGAUGGAGCAGAAGAAGAGAAGCUAACCCUGAUCGCUACAUCACUCCUCCUAUCAUCAGACCAGCCACAAGGCCGGACCAGCUGAGAUUACCCUACAUGGAUGAGCUAGCCCCCCUCAUGCACCACAGAAGACUACAGACCAGCCCCUCCCCCUACAAGAGUUAACCAUUGUCCUAUUGUUACACACACAGAAAUAGGCCCCAUACGCAAUGAAGUGUGAACUGUCUCAUUUAGCUGAGGUACUCUUAACUGUAGGCAUUAUUAGUUACAAUAGUUACUGUCAUUAGCAAUUUGUUAUGUUUCUAGUUUAAAGAGAGAGGUUAGAGAUAAACAUGGUUGUGCUAAUACGUAAUUGUAACGUAGUACUCUUGACUAUAGGAGAAUUGACUUUUAAUAGCUGUCUUGAACAAUAAAGAACACGCACGAAUAACACAACUUAGACACAAAACUGAACUGUUUUAAAUACAAAACAAAACAGUUCUAGAACAAACCAGAACAAUACAUAGAAUAGUCCAGAAUUGCUUAGUGUAAGAAUACUCUAGAACAACUAAGAUAUUUCUAGUCCAUAACACAGCACAUAGUUCAACUUGACCACAGAUUGAGUGUUUGUGGUUAGUGGCUACUAGGAGUACGCCACAUCCCUCCCUCCUAAAAGGGGGCCAGCUCGUGACAGUCCAUCAGCAUUGCCAUUCGAAACUCCUCGACGAUGGGUGAUUUCCAGUUGAUAGGGCUGAAUAGCCAGCGCCCAACGCGUCAAACGGGCAUUCGCGUUCUGCAUCUUGUGUAACCAGGCGAGAGGUUGGUGGUCCGUCUGUACUUCAAUUUUCCGACCAUAAAGGUAUGUAUAGAAGAUCUUAAGAGCCCACACAACCGCCAAGCACUCCUUUUCUAUUGUUGCGUAAUUCCUUUCCCUUGGCUGCAACUUCCGACUUGCAAAUGCGAUUGGGUUUUCUUGUCCUUCCGAAUCUCGCUGACUCAAAACCGCCCCAAGGCCUCGUUCUGAUGCAUCAGUUUGUAACAGAAACUGUUUGUUGGGAUCGAAUACCUCUAAGACAGGAUGCUUCAACAGAGUUUCCUUCAAGGCUAUGAAAGACUGAUCACAUUCACCGGUCCAGAUAACCUUUUCUGGUUUCUUUUUUCGAGUGAGGUCCGUUAACGGCACUGCAAUAUCCGCAAAGUUGGGGGUGAAUUUCCUAUAGUAUCCUACUAGUCCGAGGAAAGCUCGUACAUCUUUCUUGGUCUGUGGACGCGGAUACUCUGCUACUGCUUGCAGCUUCUGUGGAUCGGGCCUAACUUUGCCACCACCAAUCACAUGUCCCAAAUAACGAACUUCCCGUCGUCCAAACUGACAUUUUCUCGGUUUCAGGGUCAACUUGGCAGCUUGCAGACGUUCUAACACCACCUGCAAGUGUUGUAGGUGCUCUUCCCAGGAUUUGCUGUACACAACCAGAUCAUCGAUAUAGCAACCUGCAAAUUCUUCGCAUCCUUCCAGCACUCGAUUCAUUGUCCUCUGGAAAGUGGCUGGAGCAUUGUGCAACCCGAAAGGCAUCACUUGAAACUCGUACAGGCCAAACGGUGUUGUAAAAGCUGACUUCUCUUUAGAAGAUUCCUCAAGGGGUAUUU